AUGACUACAAGUGAGGAACAUAGUAUAAAAGAUAAGGAACAUCAACAAGAAGAUUUCACACUCUCAACAAGCCCCAAGGGCACAGAAGAUGAUAUGGAAAUUCAAACCCAUAGUGUUCAACCUUCAAAACAUACAGUUUAUAACAUUCAUGAGAAAUAUAUUUUGGUUUUAUUAGCAUCAGGUGUGGCUAUUUGGUCUUCAUUUGGUUCACCAAUUUAUUAUCCAGCAUUACAAAUCUUGGAAGGAUAUUUUGAUAUAAGUGAAGAACUUGUAAAUAUAUCAGUUGUUGUUUAUAUAAUAUGCCAAGGGAUAUCUCCAACUUUUGUUGCACCUUUUGCAGAUAGAUAUGGUAGAAGACCUGUUUUAAUGUGUUGUUUAUUGGUUUUCAUUGGUGCUUCAAUUGGUCUUGCAGUUUCAAAUUCAUAUGGUUUAAUCUUAGCAUUAAGAUGUAUACAAUCAUUUGGUAUUUCACCGGCUGUUGCUAUUGCAUGUGGUAUUACAGGUGAUUGGACUGAACGUCAUGAAAGAGAUUGGUUUGUUGGUCUAACUAGUGGGUUUACAUUAUUUGGUCAAGCGUUUGGUUCAUUAUUUGGGGCUGCUUUAAUUGCAGGCUGGAAUUGGAGAGCUAUUUUUUGGUUCUUAGCUAUUGGUGGUGGUGUUUCAUUAGUAACAAUUACACUUGUAUUACCGGAAACUAAAAGAUCUAUAGUAGGGAAUGGAUCAAUCACACCACCUCAUUUAGUUGCUAGAGCCCCUUUAUUAUCAAUACCUUAUUAUAGAAAACUUUGGGACUUAGAUAAUCCAGAUUAUUCAACUCUUGUUGAUAAAUCUAAAACUGAUUUCUUUGCUUCAUUGAGAAUUUUAUCAAAACCUGAAUUAGCUAUAUGCUUAUUCAAUGGUGCUAUUCAUUAUGCAUUAUGGACAUUACAAUUGACUUCCUUGAGUAAUGAAUUAUCAAGGUCGUAUGAUUAUUCAGUUAUGAAAAUUGGUCUUUGUUAUAUUCCAGCAGGAAUUGGUGGAUUAUGUGGUUCAUUCAUGUGUGGUAGAUUUUUGGAUAUAGUUUACAAGAGAUUAUAUAAAACUUUUGAGAACAAUAAGAAAUCAGGAUUAAUACCAGAAUAUGAAAAAUUCAACAUUGUUAAAUCAAGAAUUUUAGUCGCUGUUCCUUAUUGUUUAAUUACAGAUGGAUUUACUUUAAUGUAUGGAUGGUGUUUACAAAAACAUGUUCAUGUUUCCACUAUAUUAAUUAGUGCAUUUUUCAUAUCAAAUGGAUGUAUGGCAGUUGUGGGUGUGAAUUCAACUCUAUUAAUUGAUUUAUAUCCAUCAAAUUCAUCAGCUGCAACAUCAUGUGUCAAUCUUACAAGAUGUUUAACAGGUGCUAUUUUCGUUGCUUGUUUAACUUCAAUGAAUAAAAAUAUAACAAUUGGUGGGACUUUUACAUUAAUGGCUGCAUUGGGUAUAACUUCUGCAAUAUUAUUAUAUCUACCAUUGAAAUAUGGUAUGAAAUGGAGUCAAGCAAGGGAAGAAAAGAAGAGAUUAUAA